AUGGGACGAGGAGUAGCAUACCUACUGCUUAUUGCCCUCCGGCCUCCUGCACACUCCGACGAAACAGUACCUACUGCCCGCAGGAGGUUUGCAGGACCUACUGCAAACUCCGGCCGCGAUCUAGAAUCGAUCCUCGGAAGUAUUUACGGAGAUUUUGAUCUUUCGGACAUCGGUGAUUCCAAAUUAGAAUCGAUUAAGGGGGAACUUGCAUCAAAAGACCCAAUCGAAAGUGACAUUGAGAUCAAUCAAGCGUAUAAGGACAUCCUCGGCGAGGAUCCUUCCGUACCGAAAUGUCUGGAUUUGUCUAUCCAUCAGGUAAUCUUACCGAGGCUUAAGUUUUGGUUAAAAAAAAAAAGGCCUCCCUUGGAAAGUGUCAGAUGAAUUGCUGACAAAAUAUAAAAGGAAUGAUUUAUUGGAGGCUCCGAAAAUGAAUUCUGUCAUCGAGUCAAAAAUGACAGCUGCGGCAAAAAAAAAGGGAUGGUUACAAAAAGCAUGUGCAGAAUGCGAUUGGAUCGGCUUUGAUGGCAGUAGGAUCCGUUCUUUCUACACUGAUUGUAGAAGAUGAAAGCAUCGACCCCACGCCGAUAUUCGAAAAUCUUUUUGAUGCCUUUAA